CGCUUUUCUUCAGAGUUUGCAAGCAAAGACAAGCUUUGAGCGAGAGCGAGCGAGAGAGAGAUGGCAGCCUCCAUGAUCACCUCGCCGCUGGUGGCGCCGACGAGCCUGCCCUCGCUCUCCCGCCGGGGCUCCAACUUCGCCGUCGUCCAGAGCGGCGGCAAGAAGAUCAAGGUCGACAAGCCCCUCGGGCUCUCCGGCAGCUUCUCUUAUGACGUCGACGCCAACGGCAGGAAGGGCACCGGAAAGGGCGUCUACCAGUUUGUUGACAAGUACGGCGCCAACGUCGACGGCUACAGCCCCAUCUGGGCGCCAGAGUCGUGGUCUGAAUCUGGUGACCGCUACGCCGGUGGAACCACGGGGUUGCUGAUCUGGGCCGUCACCCUCGCCGGCAUCCUCGGCGGCGGCGCCCUCCUCGUCUACAGCACCAGCGCUCUCGCCAGCUAAGGAAUCAUCUAUACGUUACGACACAGGGGCCUGGUCUAUACAUGCAUGUCUGUAAUGUACGUAGCUACGUCCUGUGAAUGUAUGUGAUCGACGAUGCCAAGUACUUUGAUCGGAACGCAUAUGAUUUAUGUACGUAACACGCUGCUACUACACUUCCUACUUUGGGGUAAUUAAUUAUUUAUUGAUGCAAAGUAUUUAGACUA